AUGUAUAUAUAUAAUUAAAGACAUGAAAAGAAGUACUUAGUUAACCAUAUAUCGAUCUUGAUCUUCUUUCUUUCUUUCUCAAAUUAAUUUCAUGAUGAUUGAACAACAACGUAGUAAAAGAGGAAGACCUAGUAAUUCUCAAAAAUCCAUUAAUCAUAAUCAUAAUGAUCAUGAAAUCAUGAAGAAGAAGAAGACUAAUAAUUAUGAUAAUGAAAUGAUGAAGAAGAGAGACAAAGAUCAUCUUCACCACAAAAAUCAUCCUAAUAAUAAUAUUCCUUCUCAUAAUUAUAAUCAUCAUCCUUCUACUUCUACUAGUUCAUCAUCAUCAUCAUCAUUAUUUAAAAGAGAAGAAGUGCCAAUGAGUGAGCUAAUUCUUGCUGCAAAAAGGAGGAAAGCUGAAUUGCAAAACACCAUUUUCUUAGACAAAGAAAGUCUCCAAAAGGAAAGAGAAUCUAUGCGGCUUAAACUUCAAAAGAUCGAGAAAGAAGCUACACCUCCCGAACAAAACCUAAUGGCUUUAAUGGAACUCGAAAAGCUAUGCGGAUACAAGUCUUCAUUAUAUCAUAUAUUAGACUAAAUCAUCAUUGUUGGUGCCUCGAAUCUUCUUCGAAGGAGAUGUUCUUUAGUAAUCGAGUGAAGAAGCUCGGUUUGUUUUUCAAAGGGUAGGGUGAUUGAUCAGAAAGAAUAAACAAGUAUACCAAACAUAGCCUUAAUUUUUUUGACACAUUAUAAGUUUGCUUUCUUCACACUUUUUAUUAAUACUGUAAGUUCAUUUUUAUUUUCUCUUUUUAUUAUUAUUAACCAAAUUGGUUAUUCAAA